UUAUGGUCUUUGGCACCAGAGAGAAACGUGCCGUGUAGAUCGCUUGCUUUGGGAAUAAUUACCGGUCUUUUAUCUUUAGGAAAUAACAGGAAUACUCUAGUUCAGUUGCGAGAUCAACCGAGAAGCCGUUAAACGUUGUCUUAGAUCUAGAAAUCGCAAAGAAAUUUUGCCAUCAUUCCUAGAUUAACACAAAAAGGGAGACGUUCGAAGACAACAACGAAGCAAAGGAAAAGUUAAGAACUUUUAAGAUCUUUAAAACUCACUAAAUUUAUGGGAAAAACUGAGAACUUUCUCACUUCGAGUUCUAUCAACGUCGAGGAAAAAGUUUCCAUUAUUUCUCCUCAAGCAUCAGUGCAAGUACCAUUGAAAGGGAAAGAGCAAAUCGGCCAUGUGAUCUUGGCAACAUUUCUUGCCGCGCUAGGGUCGAUAUGCUUCGGGUUUAGCUUGGGUUAUUCUUCGCCGGCAUUGGAAGAUAUAGAGAAGGAAAAGGAUGGAAUUAGACUUGACCAGAACGAGGGGGCGCUGUUCUCGUCCCUUGUUACGCUGGGGGCCCUCGCUAGCAGUCCUCUGGGAGGAUUCAUUGUGGAUAGAUUUGGCCGGAAAGCUACCUUAAUGCUGAGCGCUGUUCCAUCAGAGUUAGGCUGGCUUUUGAUUGCAUUUGCUCAGAACCAUGCUAUGAUGUAUGCAGGGAGAUUCAUCGCAGGGCUUGGCAUUGGGCUUAUUGCUGUGGCAGUGCCGACCUAUAUUGCGGAGAUCUCAUCUGCUAAGUUACGAGGUGCUCUUGGAAGUGUCCAUCAACUGUCAAUCACUGCUGGACUGUUACUCGCUUACAUUUUUGGUGUCUUCUUCAAGUGGAGGGCUAUUGCCUUGGCAGGGGCAAUAAUACCUGGAGUGCUAGUGGUCCUUAUGUUUUGUGUCCCAGAGACACCCAGAUGGUUCCUAGGCCACAAUGAGAGAGGGGCUGCCCUGAAGUCACUUGAAUGGUUCCGUGGGCCAAAUGGGGAUAUAGAGCAGGAAUGCUUUGAGAUUGAGUGUACAUUAGACACCCACGAAAAGCUUACAUUUAGUGAAUUCCUGCGUCCAGCCAUCCGAAACCCAUAAAUUGUUGGUGUUGGUCUGAUGGUUUUCCAACAACUGUGUGGAGCCAUUGUUGUGGUCUUCAACUGUGCAUCCAUCUUCAAAAGCGCCGGGUUUGACAAUAGCAAGGCAGUAUCCAUCCUACUUGGGGCUUCACAGUUUGGAGCUAAUAUUAUCGCAUGCUUAAUAAUGGACAAAAUAGGCCGUAGAAUUCUUCUAAUGUCCAUGGCACUGCUAAUGUGCAUCAGUCAUAUAGGACUCGGCACAUACUUUGAAUUAAUAAUCAUCCCAUCUAACUCCAGUCUACAUAAUUCCACAGUCCAUUCUGGACUGAUUCAUUCAAUACCUUCCAGUUACAUCUCAUGGCUUGCUAUAACAUGUAUCAUAGUGUUCAAUGUAGCCUUCAGCCUAGCUUGGGGCCCUGUUCCUUGGCUUGUGAUGUCUGAGAUUUUUCCUUUGAGAGCCAGGGGAGUGGCUGGAAGCAUUGCAACAUCUGCGGCAUGGGUUAGUGCUUUUUUAGUAACAUGGUUAUUUGUCUCGAUGCAAGAAACGUUUACUGUUCCAGGCACCUACUGGUUUUACGCAGGCUGUUGCUUUCUCUCUUUUAUUUUUGUAUAUAUUCUGUUGCCUGAAACCAAAGGAAGAACAUUGGAAGAAAUUGAAAGUAUUUUUGAAGACAACAAAAUGUCUUAUAUAAGGAUAUAGCAAUGAA